GAGCAUUCCUCGACAAUGGAUCAGUGCAGGCGGAAUAUGAGCAAAUUGCAAUUUGCAUUAAUUUUCACGCUUAUUUGGCAGAGCAGAGCAGACUCCUCAGAUCCCUUCCUGCUACAGACCCAAAGCUUACCCUCGGAUUUGAACUUUAUGCCCAGUCUGUCCAAUGGACAUUUGGGUUACACGGUCUUUGGAGAUGCCAUCUUCAUGAAUGGCGUGUACAAUGGCGCCACUGGGAACAGCAAGCGUGCGAGAAUUCCCAACUGGAUCAACAUAAAUGCCGAGAUCUGCGAUCGCUUUGGAUGCGAACAAGCAACUGACAUUAGCUAUGAGAUGAAUCUGCGUGAUGGCUACUUUCAUUACACGAAAAGCUACGCUUCCAUUGGCAUAACGCUGGAGCAACGCACGUAUCCACAUCGUUAUUACAAUCGCGCUUUGAUCUACGAAGUGCUGGCCACACGACAUGCGACAUCCACAUUUAUCAACUCACCGCGAUUUCUAAAGCUGACACAGCAACCCGGCAACGCCAGCGAUGCCUUUGACUUUGUGGUGAUCAACAAUGGCAGCGAUGCAGUUGAAAAUUAUCGCCAGUUACGUGGACGCACCCGUAUCGUGGAGUUUGAGAAGUUUCAGCCGCAAGCUCAUGAGAUUCACGUGGCAUUCAGUGAGUCCCUUGAGCAGCCACGUCAAGUACCUUGGCCCACAUGGCAAGCUCAACUGCAGCAUCGCGUUGCCAUCUGCUUGGAUCGCGUAGAAAGUGUUGCACUCAAGGAAUUGCAGGAUGUGAUGCGGCUCAGUGACGCCGCCUUGCUGGCAAGCCACACAAAGUUGUGGCAUGAGUUUUGGCAGCAGCAUUUCUCCAUCGAAAUCACAGGCAAUGCUCUCGAAUUAUCGCGCAUUGUGAAUGCUGGCAUCUUCUAUUUGGUCAGUUCGCUGCCCACGCUAAGCAGCAAUCAACCGAACGAUCCAUACUAUGGCUUGAGUCCCACUGGCUUGGCACGCGGCAAUCUGGAGGCCGACUACCAAGGUCACAACUUUUGGGAUACGGAAAUCUGGAUGCUGCCGGUGGCCACACAGUUUGGCUACGACUAUGGCAAACUGCUGCUUGAGUACCGCUUCAGCCAUCUGAAUGGAGCGCAAUACAAUGCCAAUGCAACGGGUUACAAGGGUGCCAGAUUCCCCUGGGAAAGCGCCUACACGGGCACGGAAGUGACCAAUCCCUGCUGUCCCGAGGUGUCACAACAGGAAAUACACAUCUCACCGGACAUUUCGUUUGCGCUGCAAAAGCUUUUUGCCCAAUCCCAAGAUUACAAUUGGCUCUGUGAACGCGCUUGGCCAAUUGUCGCCGAGGUGGCCGACUUUCUGUUUAGCCGAGCGAGCUGUGAAGCGAAUGCUUGUCACUUUCACCAGGUGAUGGGACCCGAUGAGGAUCAUGCCAACAUCGAUGACAAUGUCUACACCAAUGCUGUGUCCAAGAUCGCACUCGAUUUUGCUGCCUGGACAGCUGACAAAUGCGACAGCAACACCAACAAUUCAGCACGCAUCGCAAAUUGGCAACAGCUUAGGGAUCAGCUGGUCAUUUUGUAUGAUGCACAACUGGAUUAUCAUCCGCAGCAUUUGGGGUAUCAGUUGCAGGCCAUUGUGAAGCAGGCAGACACCAUAUUGCUUGGUUAUCCACUGCAAUUCGAUACUAGUUCAACGCAUUUGAAUGAUUUGCAUUACUAUGCGAAUGUGACACGAGAAUCGGGUCCAGCUAUGACCUGGUCCAUGUUUGCAGCCAACUAUCUGGGAACCGCAGAGUUUAGUCGUGCCGAUGAGUAUUUUACACGCGGCUAUCAGAGCUAUGUGCGUCCCGAGUUCAAAGUAUGGAGCGAAACGCCCAUUGGUUACGAUGGCUCUGCCAAUUUUCUAACUGGCAUUGGAGGUUUCCUUCAAGCUCUAAUCUUUGGCUAUGGUGGCCUCAAUUUUGCUCGCGUCCAUGACACGUUGCAGCUGCAAUUGACCACUGCCAAUGUGCCACCAAAUGUACAGCAGUUGCAGGUGAAGUACAUUCAAUUUGCAGACAGCAAGUGCAGUUGGCAAUUCAGUCAUGAAAACUCAACAAUGAAUUGCUCUGGUCCGUCGACGCAGCAUUUCGAACUGAUCCAAGGCAACAAACACACGCAGCUGGGCAGCAAUUUUACAGUGACACUAAACAGAGGAGAUUUACCAUUGCAAAUUCUACUGCUAAACGCCGAUAAAACAUCUCAAGCUUAAACUGUAUUAAUUUGACAAGGAU